AAAACCGAGUAGCCACAGUCGAUAUUUUACGCACCUAAGUACGUGAUCGUAUAACUUUAUGAGAUUGAACAGACGUCUGCAGCAUUUAGUGUGUGCAAAGUCUCCGACCUAUGGUGACAGGUACCACUAGUCCUGUCACUCUGUUGGUGCUGUGCUGGUCAUUGCAUGUCCAGGCACUGAUUCCACAUGAAUGUGUAAAAAACGUUUCCACACCCGAAAAAGUAUGCUGCCCUCGCGAUCCUCACAAUGGUAUGAUUUGUGGUGGUCCAGAUCGAGGUUUCUGUCAACAUAUUGAAGCUGGACAAGAGAGCAUACCUGAAGUGUUGUGGGUGGAUGAUCGUAUUGAGUGGCCCACUCGAUUUAUUCAAUAUGCUUGCCAAUGUGGGGAACGGUUUUUCGGGGUGACAUGUGAGCAGUGUUGGUUCGGCUGGACCGGUCCAAACUGCGAUCAACCGGAGAGGCGAAUUCGACGAGAUAUCCGAACUUACUCGCCCGACGAACUGAAAAUCUUCAAAGAUGUUUUGACUCGAAGUUGGUCAUGGCCUUCACGCUUCAUGGUCCUUGACGAAUCUACGAAUAGUAGAUCAGACCCACUGAACAAUCCGAAAUUUUUGUCUGCAAGUGUUCAAUAUUAUAUCACAUUCUUACAUAAUUACAGCUCCAGGACCACUUUGUACAAGAGUAAAUUCAUGUGUGAAGAGUAUGGCAUCCUGGACUUCAGCCACGAUGGACCAGGAUUUCCCACGUGGCAUCGUUACUUAAUGCUUAUUUGGGAACGUAUGCUAGCCGAAAUUGCAUGGAAGGCGCACGGAAUCAAGAAUUUCGCACUCCCCUACUGGGAUUGGGUGGGACUGGUGAAAUGCGAUAUUUGUGACAAUAAAUACAUCGGAGCGCCUGGUAAAAGAGACAAAGAUGGCACGCGGUUGGAUUCCGAAUCAAUAUUUUACAAUGCUACAAGCUACUGCUGGGAGCCGGAACCAGGCAUGGUUUGUUCUGGCUGUCAGGCCAGUGGUCGAGUUGGUAAGCUAGUGAGAAGAUUCGUGAGCGAAGUGUUUCCAACUCUUGCUGAUAUUGGCUUUAUGCUUGAUCUGAAGAACUACUUUGUUAGUGGAGAACGUGACAAUCCGCGUUGCGAAUCUUUCCACAUGGCUUUGGAGGGCUUCUGUGGUCGCCCUGGAGCCGAUUCGACUGGUCUUUGGAUGCAUAACAAAGUGCACAAUAUGAUUGAUGGAGCGAUGGGCAGCACGGCUACCGCCACCGAUGACCCUCUUUUCAUCCUUCAUCACAGUUUUGUCGACAAACUUCUAUCGAUGUGGUACCGCCGACACAAACCACCUUUCGAUGCCUACCCUAACCACGAUGUUCGACCAGGCCACAAACGGGAUGCAUUUUUGGCAACCAUGUUCCCCUUGGUACGUAAUGGAGACAUGUUCACGGAUGUAAACAACCUCGGAUACGAUUACGACAAACCCGAUAUGGUUGGUCCACUUGCACUCAACCGUGAAGAGCCCUUUCACCUCCACGCUAUGUCAACUUUGCGGUAUACGGUAGCAGGAACCAUUGUUCCUGUCACUGUGUUGGUUCUUUGUUGGUUAUCCCAUGUUCAGGCUUUGAUUCCAUCUGAAUGUGUGAAAAAUGUGACCGUACACGGACAAAUGUGCUGUCCCAAAAAUCCUCACAAUGGCAUGAUUUGUGGUGGUUCGGGUCGGGGUUUCUGCCAACAUAUUGCAGCUGGAAAAGAGAGCAUACCUAAAGUGUUGUGGGUGGAUGAUCGUGUUGAGUGGCCCACUCGAUUUAUUCAAUAUGCUUGCCAAUGUACCGGUCACUUCUUCGGUGUGGCGUGCGAGCAAUGUUGGUUCGGCUGGACCGGUCCAAACUGCGAUCAACCAGAGAAGCGAAUUCGACGAGAUAUCCGAACUUACUCGCCAGACGAACUGAAUAUCUUCAAAGAUGUUUUGACUCGAAGUUGGUCGUGGCCUUCAAAUUACAUGAUUCUUGACGAAUCUACGAACAUGAGAUCGGACCCUCUCAACCAUCCAAAAUUUUUGUCUGCAAGUGUUCAAUAUUACAUCACUUUCGUGAAUAGUUACGCUUCCAGGACUACUUUGUACAACACCAGACACAAGUGCGAAGAAUAUGGUAUUUUGGACUUUAACCAUGACGGACCAACAUUCCCCACGUGGCAUCGCUAUUUAAUGCUUAUUUGGGAACGUAUGCUAGCUGAAAUUGCAUGGAAGGCGCACGGAAUCAAGAAUUUCGCACUCCCCUACUGGGAUUGGGUGGGACUGUUGAAAUGUGAUAUUUGUGAUAAUAAGUACGUCGGAGCACCUGGCAAAAAAGACAAAGAUGGUAUUCGGUUAGAUCCCAGGUCGAUAUUUUACAACGCGACCAAUUACUGCUGGUAUCCGAAGUCAGAUGCACUCUGUGUUGGCUGUCAGGCCGGUGGUCGGGUUGGUAAGCUAGUGAGAAGAUUCGUGAGCGAAGUGUUUCCAACUCAGGCUGAUAUUGGCUUUAUGCUUGGUCUGAAAAACUACUUCAUCAGUGGAGAACGUGAUACUCCGCGUUGCGAGUCAUUUCACAUGGCACUCGAGGGUUUCUGCGGUCGCCCGGGAGCCGACUCGAAGGGUCUUUGGAUUAACAACAAAGUACACAAUAUGAUUGAAGGAUCUAUGCAAAGAACGGCUACUGCAACCAAUGAUCCUAUUUACAUUCUUCACCAGGCUUUCAUUGACAAACUUUUUUCGAUGUGGUACCGCCGACACAAACCACCUUUCGAUGCCUACCCUAACCACGAUGUUCGACCAGGCCACAAACGGGAUGCAUUUUUGGCAGCCAUCCUCCCCUUGGCACGUAACAGUGACAUGUUCACAGACGUGAGCAAUCUCGGAUACGACUACGACAAACCCAGUGUUGUUGGUCUGUUUGCGCACAACGGUGGAAAACCUGUGUACCUCUAAUACUGAAGGAGUCUUAAUGAGUAAUGCACAAUUGUGGGAAAAAACAUUAGGAGAGCUC